GAAGACUAUAGUGUGAUGCUCACUGCUGCUCCCUCACUCACCACUCCACCGUCUGCUGUGGCGGUGUUCGUAAACAUGGCGUCCAAUAAGUCGCUUACGGACGACGACCUUAGAAAGAAGCUGAAGGAAUAUGGCAUCACGUCCCCUGUCACGGCGAGCACGAGGAAUAUCUUAAUUAAGAAGCUAAACCAUGUUAUUGCGAACCAAAAGAGAGUGUCGGCGGCCAAUACCAGAGCCAAGAGGGCGUCCAGUGCCAGCCAGCUUAAUGCAUUCAGCUCAGACGAAGAUGAAGAUAACGACACUUGUGUCCAUUCACCAGCAAACAGGUCGUUCAAGUUCAUGAGAAACAGAAGGGGGUCAAGGGGAAAUACAGACACAACUGUAAAUGGCAGAAGUGAGAGCAUGUGUAGCUCCCAGUUGAGCAGAACGAGUGGGCGGCCCUUGAGUGCUAGUAGUGAGGUGAAGGAGGACCUUUACAGAGGGACAAGUGGGGGUAAUAUGUCAGUGUUGAGUCGUAACAACACACAUAGUGAGGCUGCCCACACUCGCACUGCUUACUUCCCAGUGUCUGCUCGCUCUGGUAUCAGCCCCAGGGCUAAGAUCCACGAUGAUUAUGACACAGGUUCAGACUCUGACCUUGCUGAUGGUGAGGACUCCCUCUUGACCUCCACCAGGAAGGGCCUCGCCUCCUAUGUGUGGAACAAUAACAGCGAGAACGAGGCGCUGCCCAACAACAAUUCCUACAAAUCCCCCACGUAUCAGAAUCACAAUUCGAGCAUCUCCUCUUGUGACCGGUCGUUUAGUGCAUCAGACGUUGCUUGCAGGAGUAGAAAAGUUAAUUCUUUCCUAGAAAAUGGUGAUUAUGAUGAUAGAGAUUGUUUGGAGGAUGAUGCUAGCUUUUUAGGUGUUGCGGAAUCAAUUGUGACUCACGCAUCUCUUGGCAAUCACGAACAGGUCCGAGUUGCUAAUGGCAGACAUCACAGUGAAUCAAGCCAGCAUCUUGACCACUCGCACAGUGAUGAGAGCACGUGGCAUUAUUCGGUUCCACUCUUGUUGUUAAUCCUUCUUGCAGUUUUCUUCGGUGUGGUCGGUAUGCUCUAUGUGAAUAUGCGUAUGCCCCUCCUACCAACACUGCGUUCUGUGCCUGCCAUGGUCCACCAAGCCGUGGCUAAUGUACCUGUGCCUUUUCUCACUUCCACUGAGCCUGAGAGACAAGCAAAGAGUGUUGUCAUGUCGCCAUCACACAAACCUUCACAUAACAUCCCAAAAGCACCACUGCCCCCUGAGCCUGCGCCGUCACACAAGCCAGAAAUUAAGUUUCCAGUAUGCAGUGAGAAAACUAAGAAGGAUUGCCUGUCAGUACAAGAGUUGGAAUCAGUUCAGCCUCUCCUUGGUAAACUGGAGGAGGUCCUGUUGCCUGCCCUGCACACCCAUGCUGGCUUUUAUCAGUGUGGAGAUACUCCACUUAGAUAUAUACCAGUGGCUAAAAUUAAAGAGCUGUUUGAUCAGCAGGAUUCUUUACAAAAACCAGCCAGUGUUGAAGGCAUCAAUACCCUUGGCAGGUUGGCAGAGUGGAAUAGUCUCUGGGGCAUUGAAGCUAUCAGGGGAGAUGAUACUUCACUGCUGGGUCUAUCUCUGUCUUCUCAGCCAACUUAUAUCCUCUGCCACAUCACCACUGCCAUUUACUCCUUCUUUUAUAUGCUGAUGGCUAUUAUAACAGUUAUUUUAACAGCUUGGUUAGCAUUCUACUGUGUCCGGUAUCACAAACGUAAGGCAGAAGAGGAAAAACAACAGGUUUACGAAUUAAUAGAACAGAUUUUAGAAGUGCUGAGGGGUGUGGGUGGUCCUGCUGGAAAGGACUAUGUGGCAGUGAGUCAUGUUAGAGACUCCCUCAUAACCCCAAGGGAGCGCCGUGCUAAGAAAAAGCUUUGGGAGAAGGCUGUGCAAUUCAUUGACCAUUAUGAAUCUAGGGUCCGGCGUGAUAUCCAGGCAGUUGGGGGUGAAGAUUGCGAGGUGUGGCGGUGGGCUUCUGGUGUACCUCACUCCCCAGGCAACUCCCCAGGAGGAGAUGGAGGUGUUGGCCGUCCCCCAGCAAAAAUGUGGCAAGGACCAGCCUUUGAUAAUCUUGGUCCACAACAUGUGCCCAAUGUUUCUCCCACCUCUUGCCUCAAAAUUAGAAAUAUGUUUGACUGUGAUGUAGAGUUUGGUGAUAACUGGCCUUCACGGAUUCAAGAUAGCAUUUUGGAAAAAUGUGAAGGUGUCAGCAUUGUCCACAUUGCUGUGGAUCGGGGGUCACGUGAAGGCUGUGUCUACCUUAAGUGUGCGUCUCUCUCAGAGGCGGGUAGAGCAUUUAGAGCUCUACAUGGCUGGUGGUAUGAUGGUAACCUUGUGACUGUCAAAUUUCUCAGAGAUGAGCGUUAUCAUCAACGCUUCCCAUCUGCUCGUCAUGCCACGUGCCGGCUGAGACCGUCCAAUAACAAACGCCUCUCUCUGCAAGUUCCCACAGGUCAGCCAGAAGCCUCCAAAAAUAUAUAGAAUAUGGUUGAUGUUAGCACACAGGCUUAAAAUGGGUGAAGGAUAUAAGCUACUUUUGGCAUAAACAAUAUGGAGGCUUGUAAAUUGGAUUUUGGCUGCUUGAAAAGAAUGUAUACUAAUUUCUUGGAAACAAAAAAAGAAAUUAGGGUGAUGACUAAAGGCUUUAGGGAUUUUAGAUGUUUUUAAAAUAUAAAAAAAUGUCUUCUUAUGUUUUUUGUGAAGGAUGAAAAAUUCAUAGAGUAAUUAUGUUUAUUUUUAUUUAACCUAACAAAGUAAAAAAGUACUGCCUGCAGUUUUUUACAGUAAAUCAUUAGUCUUAUUUUUUUUUGUACAUGUAAUAUGUUCCCUUCUCAGUGGUGUAAACAUUAAUAUAUUAAUCUGCAGUUGUGGAUACUUAGGAUUGUGGUGAUCUGAUCCUUGAUUGUCUGCAUGACCAGGUAAUCAGCAAGGAAGCAUAGCCUCAGGUCGUCUCUGUGGGUAGGAGAACCAUCAAAACCGAUCACAGCUGUGUUAUUACUCAAGCUGCACCACAUGUUAUUCUUUUAUAUUUUGAGUUAUCCCACUUUGUGGUUUCUCUGUUGUAUCAACCCAUUAGUCACAUGAUAAACAGUUAGGUUCUCUUAUUUUAUUAAUUAAAGUUUUCAUUAAUUUUGCAUAUUUUUACUGUCUAGCUCAGUGGCAGUGUUACCAUAGUUUGGACAGACCUGACCAUAAGUAUCUGGAGGCAUGAUUCUAGUUUCCACAUUUGUGUUUUCCACUUGUGUCACUCAGUCAUUAUUAUAUCACUCUUUUAGAGUGCAUUGGGGAAUACAUUUCUUGAGAUUAGAGAAAAAAAAAUUUUCUCUUUACUUCUUGAGAUAUUGUGCUAGAUUUUUAUAAUUUUAUCUUCAUAAUUACACAAAAAUGUAUACGUACAUGAUAUCCAGAUGCAUGUUAUUAUGUGCAUGUACAAAGAAAAACGUGUGUUCUCUAAGUACAUACACAUAUAAAAUAAACCCUUGAUUAAUGAGUGAUCUGGUAGUGCUGUUUUGUCUUAACACUUUUGAGAAAGUGCAACCAAAAAAAGUUAGUGCACAAAAAUGCUCGAUAUUAUAUAAAGUGUGAAAGAUUUAGCAUAGCAACAAGUUAUGGUUAAAAUUGGGGAUGCUAUGAGCUGUAGAUUUUAAGUCUGCUCACUAGGCCACAAGUAAUGCAUCCCUCCAGCCCCCUACCAUGCUACAGCAAAUCACAAGAUAACCUUUUUUUUUUUUUUUUUUUUUUUUUUUAAUGUUUUCCAAAAUUUGUACAACUUAUGACAUUCAAUGCAUUAAUAUCAAGCACCCACAAUCGUUCAGUAGAAGACAACUUCAUUUGUAUUUACUACCCAGAAGGUUAGUAGCCUAAUAUAAUUAAUUAUACAUUCCUGUGCCUUGGAAAGUUUUGUAUCUACUUUAGCUGUAUUUCUACAAUUGGUGAAUAUGAUGGUGAUUGAUAAUAAAAUGAAUAGGUGUUUGAAUGAGGAAGUUGUAGUGGAGGUACAGUAUGCAUUCACCGAGGUGAAUACAUAUUUGGGUGAAUCUCUAGAUUUCUCCAAGGUUUGGGGGAAUUGAGAUUUCUGCAGAACUUGCUAAGUAAAGGUGUGUUUAACUAAAAAAAUGAGGGAAAAUGGAUGAGUAAGUCUUGUGCCAGCUGCUACCCCUGUUACAUUAUCAACAUGGUAAUAUUUUGAGGAGGUUGAGACAUGCUGUUUCCCUGCUGACACUGUAUAACUCUCAGCAGUGUGUGUGGUGUUACCUUCUCCCAUUAUAGGCUCUUCAUAUGAGAUCAUGCAAAAUAAAAGUUGUAUAGACAAUUUAGAUGUGUAUUGAAGAGUUAAACGUAGAAAUCUUCAAUCAUGCAAUAUUGCUGGGAGCCAGAGCCAUAGUUGGCACCUAUUUGCACAUUUCUCAGAUGCAGCCUCCCACACCAUUUUAUUACAGUAUUACUUUAUUUUUAUUAAUUUCUUUAAUACAGAAUGCAUUCAUCUUGAGUAUGUUUGCUUUGUGUAGGUGUGGUGAGCUUCUAUAUGUUUGGUACAAUUUGACAAGGAAAUACAGCUUUUAUUUUUAACAGUGUUUCCAUGUCCACAGCACCAAAAUGGUGGUAGUGGUAGUCGAUGAUGCUUGCUGCAUUUUUAUAUCCACAUUUUCUUUGAUAUAUAUUUGUUUGGUAUAGGUGUGGUUAGCUCUUGUAUGUUUAAUGCACUUUGGUAAGGCAAUGUGGCUUUUAUUUUUGUGAUGUUAACAUACUGUGUGUGUCAGUUGAUAAACCUUGCUACAUCCAGUUCGGCCCAGUAGGCUCACAUUAACCCUCCACACACUUCAAAUUCUUCAAGGAAUAACUAACAGAAUGUAGGAUAAGAUAAACUAGUAAUUUUUUAAAGUAAAAUAAUAAAUAAAAUUAUUUGGCAAAUUUGGAGGUGUCUGGAAUGUAACCUUUUUUUUUUUUUUUUUUUUUUUUUUUUACCUUACGUGUUCUUCAGGUGACGUGAUUUUUAAGCUAAGUGCUAAUAUUCAGGAACAUAACCCACACAUUAAUUGAGGGUUUAAUAUACAUACAUACCUGAACAAUCAUGUAGUUCUACAGGAAAAUGAUAGGCCAAGCUCCAAACUUUUGUAUGUAUUACAAGACAUCCUCAGGAAGAGUGCCAAUACUGUAGUAGGGUAACAAAGGUUGGAGCUGAGGUGACUGCAAGACAGAGGGCAGUAUGUAAUUACCCAACUCAGUUGUCAGGUGUUGGCAUUAAGGAAGUGCUUUCCUCACACGGUAUACAUGAAUAUUUUGUUAAUACACUAGCAGGUUUGUACAUUCCAUCAGUUGGGUUCAUAUUUCUGGUUAUCAAGGAAGACUUUAAGUAGCCUCUCUUGUGGAUGCAGAAUGAAUAGAUAUAUUGUAAGGCACACUAGUCAGUGGGGUGGAUAUGCAGUCUAAUAUGAACAAAUUUCACACUGGAUUCUAACCUUUUAACAUUGUAUUUUUAUUAAGUAAUCCUCCUGUCAGGGAACUACAUUAUGGGAUUUAAAGAAAAUUCUCUGUAUUUGUGCAUUGCAUAUUGAUCUCAAAUAUUCAACGGUUGUACACCUUAUUACUUGGCAUUAUAGCUCCGUAUUUGUCAGUUUCUACAACCAGUUUAAGAGGAUGAUAUUCUGAGUUUACUGGAGAAAAAAAACCCAUUUUAUAUAGAAUCAAAUUUGCUACAAAAAUUUUACAAUCCCACAUGGUGCCCCAUCAAGACAAAGAUCAGUGCCAAUUUGAAUUUUGUUUCUCCCAUAAAAAACGUUUGGUGAUUAUUUCCUAUAUUGUAUGUUGGUACCAUAAGUCAGUGUCAAAAAUUCCAUAAGAAAAAAUGAACUUCAUUAAAAUGUAAUUCUUAAUAUAUAUUUUCCUUCCUUUCAUAAAAGACUGUUGUCAGCUAAAUUCACAAAUCUAGUCUUAAAGAUUUUGUUUACAACACGCAGACAUUUGCCUUAAGGUAACCUCAUCAAAUAUAUUGAUUUAUAGCCCUGUGGCCACUCUGUGAAAGCUAAUAUAACUAAUGAUGUUAAAUUUGUAUUUAUUUUUAUCUUGAAAUUUUGUGCAUUUGCAGCGUGCAUGUUGGUAUAUAACUAUAGAUGUUAAGUAUUUUGUUUUGCCAAACCUGUGAAUAUCUUUGUAAAAUAUAUUUUACUAACUUUA